AUGUAUUCAUUGUGCAAAGUACUGUUUAUAAUUCUCACAAGUCAAGUGUAUGCUUCACCAAGGAAGAAAUCUUAUUUGGAAAUAAAAUCGUGUAAUAUCGGUCAUUUAGCGGAAGAAAUUGCGUCUUAUGAUAGCGUAGUACGAGAUAUAAUGGACUACGUUGUGUCCGGCCCGUUCAAAAGGAAAACCUAUGAUGAACUCGAGAAAUUUGUGGACAAGUUUGGAUCUCGGAUCUCGGGGUCGCAGGUGUUGGAAGAUUCUAUUGAUUAUAUGAUCAAGUUAACCCAGGAUGAGGAUUUCAAUGAUAUAGUUACUGAGGAGCUGGAGGUUCCUUACUGGGUAAGAGAACAAGAAAAAAUUACUAUGUUGAAACCCAGGCCAAAGAAUAUUGCAGUAUUAGGUCUCGGUAAAAGCAUAAGCACUCCCCCCGAAGCUUCAUACAGAAAACAUGGAGCUGCGAGGGCAGCGAAAAAGGGAGCUGUUGCGUCAUUAGUUAGAUCAAUAACUCCAUUUUCCAUUAAUUCACCUCAUACUGGUAUACAGUAUUAUUCUGAUAAUGUCACUAAAAUCCCUACCGCGGCCAUUACGUUAGAAGACGCAGAUUUGAUAAAUAGAUUUGUUACGGACAACGAACAAUGCAACUUAGAAAGCUGGUAA